CAUUUGCCAUGGGUGGUCCAAAUCUUGAAGUUUUUAAAUUUGGUCUAUACUUGUUCGUUCCCGUCAUGGCCUUGCUUCAUUUCGGUGAUCCUGCUUGGUACCAUCACCGCGUCCUUCCCUAUAAGGAUCAUCUAUUCCCGGCCUCGGAUAGGACACACAGCAAAAUACCAACAGAUCAAACUGCCGUCCGAGAAGAGUUGGCAAGAAUAAAGGCGGGAAAACUUGCGCGACGAAUGGAGCGGGAGAAAGAACUUCAAACUCAGUCAGAAGCAGUUGUGCAGAGUUCAAACGGGUGGUUCAAAUGGUGGUAGUGCAUGGUAGUGUUGGUAGGUUUCCCUUGCUUCUUCCCAAAUGCAUGCAUUUACUUCAUCCGGGCUCUCCGUAUUGUAUCAAUGUAUCUGUUUCAAUCCAUGUUCCAGUCUCAUUGCUUAGG